GCUCCGGCGCUCGAGCUGAGAGCGCUCCAGGCCGCCCGGGCUCUCUCCCCCCGCCGCCUCCUGCCGCGGUGCUCCUCUGGCUGGCCUCAUUACCUCUUCCUUGCCGCGGCCCCCAAAUGACAGCUCGGGCUCCAGCCGCCGCGCGCGGGCGGUUCAGUGCACCAGGCGGCGGAGCCUUCUUUUGAGACCGAUUCUCUGGAGAACCGCUUAAACUUUUCUCCAAGUUCUUGGAGGGGCAAGACACCAAAGAACCAAGGAGUUACUUUCCAGUGGAGACCACAUCCCGCUUCUUCUCUACCAUAGAUGACUUUCCAGGGGACGUCUGCUAGAUAGGAGUCCCACUUUCCUUACAUGAGUGCCGCCUCCCACUUGAUGCUGGUUCAAGGCCAGGAAGUGAAGUGGGAUGCUUGUGUAUUUCGUUGUCAGCCUGCAGAACGUGUUUGAUGCUUGAUUUUUUCCUCUCUGACAUGUGUCAAGGAAUAAAGGCUGGAUACAGGUCCAUUACGUCAUUCUGCAGGCCAAUUUAUGAGGAAUCCAAGAUGAAUUUGGAGCAGGAGAGGCCAUUUGUCUGCAGUGCCCCAGGCUGCUCCCAGCGUUUCCCAACAGAGGACCACCUGAUGAUCCACAGGCACAAGCAUGAGAUGACCUUGAAGUUUCCGUCAAUAAAAACAGACAACAUGCUAUCAGAUCAGACCCCAACCCCCACGAGAUUCCUGAAGAACUGUGAGGAGGUGGGUCUCUUCAGCGAGCUGGACUGCUCCUUCGAACAUGAGUUCAGGAAGGCUCAGGAAGAGGAGACCAGCAAGCGGAAUAUCUCCAUGCACAAUACAGUUGGUGGGGCCAUGACGGGGCCUGGAGCGCACCAGCUGGGCAGUGCCCGGAUGCCCAACCAUGACACCAGUGUUGUGAUUCAGCAAGCCAUGCCAUCACCCCAGUCCAGCUCGGUCAUCACACAGGCACCGUCCACCAACCGCCAGAUUGGGCCUGUCCCAGGCUCUCUAUCGUCUCUGCUUCAUCUCCACAACAGACAAAGGCAGCCCAUGCCAGCCUCCAUGCCCGGGACCCUGCCCAACCCUACCAUGCCAGGAUCUUCUGCCGUCUUGAUGCCAAUGGAGAGACCAAUGUCGGUGAGCUCCAGCAUCAUGGGGAUGCAAGGUCCGAACCUCAGUAACCCCUGUGCUUCGCCCCAAGUCCAGCCAAUGCACUCAGAAGCCAAAAUGAGGUUGAAGGCCGCAUUGACUCACCACCCCGCUGCCAUUUCAAAUGGGAAUAUGAACACCAUGGGACACAUGAUGGAGAUGAUGGGCACCCGGCAGGACCAGACGCCGCACCACCACAUGCACUCACACCCGCACCAACACCAGACACUGCCACCUCACCACCCCUACUCACAUCAGCACCAGCACCACCCUCACCCACAGCCCCCUCACCAGCAGAACCACCCACAUCACCACUCCCAUUCCCACCUCCAUGCACACCCAGCACACCACCAGACCUCGCCACACCCGCCCCUGCACACCGGCAACCAAGCACAGGUUUCACCAGCCUCACAGCAGAUGCAGCCAACGCAGACGAUACAGCCGCCCCAGCCCACAGGGGGCCGCCGGCGAAGGGUGGUGGACGAGGAUCCCGACGAGAGGCGGAGGAAAUUUCUGGAACGGAACCGGGCAGCCGCCACCCGCUGCAGACAGAAGAGGAAGGUCUGGGUGAUGUCACUGGAAAAGAAAGCAGAAGAGCUCACACAGACAAACAUGCAGCUUCAGAAUGAAGUGUCCAUGUUGAAAAAUGAGGUGGCCCAGCUGAAACAGUUGUUGCUAACACACAAAGAUUGCCCGAUAACAGCCAUGCAGAAAGAGUCACAAGGAUAUUUAAGUCCGGAGAGUAGCCCCCCUGCAAGUCCUGUCCCAGCAUGCUCACAGCAGCAAGUCAUCCAGCAUAACACCAUCACUACGUCCUCGUCGGUCAGUGAGGUCGUGGGGAGCUCCACCCUCAGUCAGCUCACCACUCACAGAACAGACCUGAAUCCAAUUCUUUAAAAUGUAUGGGUCAGACCUUGCCUCCAAGAAGAGCUGUGGCAUACCAUGCAACCUUUUUCAUAAGGGCAUUUUUAGAAUUCACUCAGACCUGGAAGACGCCUCAGCCCUUCAAAGACUGGCUUUCAUUUUUAUAGUUAUUAUGGAAAUGUUGUCUUUUAUACUUAGUUAUAUAAGAAAAAAGGGAGUUAUGCAAUUAAUAUCUAUCAGCUUGGGAAAUGCGUUGGUGCUUUUCUCCAACUUUCUGGUACCAGUUACUUGUUUAUAAAUGGAAUCUUUUCUGUAUAUAGCCAUAGCUUCAUUCUUAUCAGUCCAACCCUUUGCUUGAAACAAUGAACCUUGUUAAACCACAGCUUUUAGCCAAAAUAAGGUAUACCUAGAUGUCAAGUGAGAUGAAUCCAAGGUAACUGGGUAGGACAUCUGAUGAUAUCCUAACUCAUGUUGAGUUUGCUCUGUAAUGUCACCAGAAUCCCAGAUAAACACCCAGCCCUCCUGACGACUCUUUAUUUCUUUUGCUAGAAUAAAUACUAUGGUCCAUUGAUGCCCUAAUAAAGCCACCAAGCAUCUCUCCCCUCUUCUCCACCUCCUGUCCUACCUCUUGCUCUUGUUCUCCUUGUUCCAAUGGUCCACUUUUCCUCUCUACUCCCACUCACCUGGGUUCCCUGCUUACCUUGCUCUUCAUUUUAACAUUCUUCUGUUUCAUUACUUUCCCCUUUAGCAAUACUUUGGAUAAAAAAAAUUAUGUUUAACUAAAAAAAUAUCAAAUCUUGAAAAUGUGGACCUAACUGUUGCCUCAUUUGAGUUUAACCCACAGCUGGAGUUCAUUCCACUCUUGCUUUUCACAAAAUGGUAACCAGGAGAUGUUUAAUGUGCCUGAUUUAAUGUUUUUAAUAAUCAGAACAAAUAAAAGGUGGUUUGGUUAUAGGUGAAGUACUAUUGAAUGCCAGCUGUGGAGACACUAGGGAAGAGAGGUUUAUAAGCCCAGAUUGUGGAAGUUCAAAUUAGGAUGCAGGGCUAUAACAUCACACCUUUGAAUUACACCUGGUUUUAUAUGGCCUGUCUAUAAUGUCAAAACUCCAUGCACUAUAUAAUAAUUCAGAAGGGCUCUAUUCACUACACAGAUUAUAUUGUUCAAUCAUCAGCUGCUAAUAGCCUAAGAUUUAUUAUUAUUAUUUUUUGUAAGCCUGUGGAACGAGCACUGCUUUUCCGGUGGGCAAAAGCAGACUCAUUCCUAAGAACCAGAAAGCAAGCAAGCCCGGUGUUUCUGGAGGGUGCCCUCAGCCCGGCAGCACAGCAAUGGCCUCCUUGGCUGUGACUGAGUCCCAUGGAAGUGGCCAGGCUGCUACAUUCUUCUGAGGAAUUCUGACUUAUAGUCCCAACAGCUUCUGUGGACUUGCCCAUUCAGAAAAGCAGAGAGAACCUGAACCACAGUCGUGCCUCCUUGAAAGAAGCCAUUCUACUGUGCUAUGUUUUAAUAUCAUGUUUCACAAAUAAUAGGGGUAAUGUUUCUUGCUAGUGGUCUAGUCAGUUGCUAGUCUGUCUGAAUACUUCACCUCCUAACGUGUGCAUUUGUGUGUGCGCAUGCCUGUGUGUGUGUGUGUGUGUGUGUGUGUGUGUGUGUGUUUAUGAACAAUGUGGGUUUCAAAAAACAGUAUUUUAUAGAAGGUGUCACUUUUAUAAGAGUUCACUAAGGGAAGGAUGUGCUUUUUCUCUCACUAUAGUUUAAAAAUCUAUUUUGGAGAAAAAAUAUGAGGUCUAUGAAGCAUGAUUUUUAUAACUAGUUUCAGUUUUAUCUACUAACUUACUUUUUAAAUCAAUGUUUAUCAGCAAUAUUUCCAUGUAUGCAGUGGUUUUGAGAGACAAUUUUGGGUGUUUAGUAAAACUUAGGACUUGGGAUAUGUGGCCUAAGAAUCAAACAAAUACAAAAAAGUAAAAUACAAGUGAGAAGGAUUUUCUAUUACAUUUUAGCAAACAUAUCAUUUUCAAGUAUUUUAAAUAUUAUGCUCAUAUUGUUAUUUUUCUUAAUUCUAACAGCAACAGAAUGGUUUGGCCUGACUGGCUUCCUAAGAAAUAUUUAAGAAUUAGCUUUAAAAAGGAGUUAAUAUUUGUAACUCUUUUCUUAAAUCAGAAUAUCUUUUUCAAUAUUCCUUAUUUAGAUCAUCUAUGUGUCCCACCCUCACAAAAGACAUAGGAAGAGGCACUAAUAGAACUGAUGGAUUUAUUUUUUUUUUUAAUUUUAGGUUGUGCUUUAAGUAAAAAUCAAAAAACUUUUUUUAAAAAUUUUUACUGCAUGCAUAGCACUUAAUGAAAUGGAUUUUUACAAAUUCACUAGUAUUGUCAGAAUGUCCAGGGAAAGAUCUGUCACUAAAAUUAUGAUUUUAAUUUACUUCUGUUUCACCUUAUGAUUGAAAUAUUUAGCUGUUAAACUGAAAACUUUUGUAGUUAAGAACUUACCUGAAUUUUCUUAACUCAGCAGCUUGACAGUUUGACCGAAGUGCAUUAUUCAUAGCUCAAUUAUGUCUGUUUUUUAUGCUAAGUAGGUAAGCCAACCACGCAAGUUAGCAAGCCUUGCUCAACAUGUAAUCAGAGGAAGCUGCCUUCGUGAUGGCUGAGGUCCUUUGAGUAUGUUCAUUCAAGAGUGAGGCAUAGUUGAGGAAGCGGCCGGCUUGUUGGCAGUGCUUCCUUAGCUCCCCAAAGAAGAAUUCCUAAGCCAAAUCCAACACUGGGCUUUCCACACGAAAGAUUCCCCCAAAGGUCCUGCCUUCCCCAGAUCAUAGAACCUGCCACAAAUCCAUUCCUGUACUGCUCACCCUGCACCUUUGGCCAGUGUAGGAGAAGAUCUUUUUAGUCCUCUUCUCUUCUCCAGCUAGUUACUGUGUCACCAGUUCGUGAGUCACUGGUAGUGGCUUUCAGAGCACCCAUCAUAAGGAGGGAAGGAAGGCAGCUGCCACCUUCUUUGUAUGUGGCUUGCUUAUCACAGAGUCUGCCUCUGAAGUCCCUGCAAACUGCCUGGGCACUUCUCCAGUGUCUCCCCUGACUGAUGUUCACAAUUUAGCUAGUACACCUGAGAGCUUUGCUGCCAGGUAAAUCCUCCCUCCGUAUCCUCAUCGUUUCUCAUUCUCAUGAUUCUCAGCCUAUGAUGCUGGGCCCAGCAGGGUGAGAAUACCCGCCAUGAAUGAAUGCACUAAUGUGAGAGCUCGUGGUCCUAUGAGGUGUCCUCCCUUUGUGCUCCUAUUCAGACUGUUCCUAUCCCUCAGCCUGUGUGUGCAGGUCCCCAUCUCAGCACAACCUGCAUAGACCGUGGUGUGUGCUGUUACGGCAUAUAGUAAUUAGGAUGAUUUACUUGGAGAUAAUACUCCUUGGAGCCUGUCUAGUCAAUAGAUAACAUGCAGUGCAUAAUCUGAGAGAGGUGCCAGUAGUGAAUGUUCAGGUGGUGGUUGCCUGCCAGUAAAGUAAAUUUUAGUGGGUUAGUUCAUCAUUAAAGUCAUUAGCCAGCUAUGGGAAAAGACCAGCCUUUGGCUGUGUUUUUUAUAAUAUCAGUAAUUGUUAUAAACUAGCUUUCCAAUUAGGAUAGAAUGUGCUUCUUUCUGAUUAAUAAAAUCAUCUAAGAAAAUAUAUAUGUAUGUGUGUGUGUACAGUGGAAUUCAAGGACCAAAGCAAAAUUUGAACAGGAAUCUAUUAAUUUAGAAUUUUAUAAGAUAUUUAUUAAUAAAUGUUAUUUUAGACAUUCCAUUUGAACAGUAUUCUUCUGUAGGAUCUACAUGUUUCUAAGGAAUUAAUUCAUAAUAAACUACUCUAGUUUUGUGGAUUUCAUUUUCCAGGGUUUCAAAUGGCUAUUCUCCACCAUGUGUUGGAAGCAUUUGCUUAGAUCUCUGUGAAUAGAUAGACCUUUCAAGACUUUUUAUAGCUCUGUGAGUUAUUUGUUAAUUUACAUUCUGAGCAUGGUGUUUUUUAACAUUUAUUUCUUCCUUAGUCUUUAAACUCUUUUAUUUAGAAGCAGAGUUCAGCUAAAGGGAAUCAGAUUAUAACUGGAACAGCUUUCUUGAAAGUGUCAAAAUGACUCCAUCUCCGCUUAUCUCCACUGCCCGUUCUAUCUCCCAGAAUGCCUUGCACUACUCAGCUAGCUCCCUUAGAGCUGCCUGGACUCUCCCGAGCAACGUGCACCAGCUUCAAGCCAUUCAAGUGAUAUCACGCAGCAUACCUGAGAAGGGAAAGGGGAGAACCCAUCUCAAUUUGAAUCAAACCGUGCCUAUGCGAACAGUAACAAGUUAGAAUCUCUUUUCUGCUUUUAAAAUAAUUUAUAUUUUAAAAUUGCACUUUAGCUUUUUUGAUCCCUUCCCAAUUGUCUUCUUCUCUUUCUAACCUCCAUUCUGUACUUAAACUUGCCUUUACAACUUUUGCACCCUUCCUUGAAGGCUCUGAGCUGCAUCCUUUAAAAUACUUUACAGAAAACUUGCACCAGGUACAUUUGCGUGCAUUCAUUAGUAGCAUAUCUAAGAAAUGUGUCUCACAUCAGCUUAGGUGGAAGCCUGCUACAGGAAUGCUAAAAGCCAAUAUACAGCAUCAUUUUUUCUCUUUAUCCCUUUGUCCCCAGCAUGUUUUUCUAAACAGUGAUAUAUUAUGCAACGGAUUGGGAGGCAAAAGCUAAGCCACACUAAAGAGCUUUCUAGCUCAUCCUCCAAGCCAAAGUGUCCUGAAGAAGCCAGGAGACUUCCUCUUGUGCACCAUGGUGCACACUUCCCUGUUGUCCCAGCCACGGUCUGUCUGGGGCUGCUCAAGCAACAGUGGCCCUAUCCAUUUCAUUCCUAGGCCUCAAAAAUACAAUGUUGCCUUGUAUUAAGGACAGCACCUCUGUUUUACAAUUAUGUCUAAGACAGGAUAAGACACAGGAGCAAUAAGCUUACAAGUAAAAUUCAGUAACAAAACAAACACACAGCGAAAACUUAAAAACAAGCAACCUAGUUCAUCAUGUUGUGAAAACGAAAAUGUGUAAGAGUGCAUUCAAAGUAUCUUAAUAUUUCUUGUGGAGUUUUACAGUGAUGUCAUGCUGUAGCCAAAUAGCUUAAAGAGUGUUUAUAUAUUUUUGCCCUAUAAAUCAUCUAUUUUUUUGAGGAAAAGAAACUUAUUUAAGUGCAAGCUAAAGAGGGGGCUAAAGCCGAAAUGCCAGUAUUUGUGAAGACAUGAAGGCCCUUCCGUGGCCCUCUGAUACCUUUCAAAUUCUUCUUCAUCAAGGAAUCAAUAAUCAUCAACAGCUACAUUUAAACCAAAUUACAAUAUUUUGUUUAUUAGAAGCUAGAUCCUACAAACUAAGCCACUGAAGGUUUUCCUCCAUCAAGGUUUAUAUCACAGAAUUUUAUAGGAUUUUUUUUAAAGAUAAAAUCGUUUAGCCUCAGGACUAAGAAUGUGGGACCUGAAUAAAUUAGCUUUAAAUACAUCAUUAAAAUCUUCCACACAAUAAACUCAUUAGACACUAGCUGGCUCUUUUAGAAUGCUACUCAGAUAGAAAAAGAAAAUGAAAGGUAUCAGUGGUGCCCAAGGGGUAAAGAGAAAAGGACCCUCCGGCUCAGCCAGCAGACAAGAAGACUGGCUGCCACCCCUUUUCCUUCCACAAGUUCUGCCCAUCUUCUCUGCUUCACAGAGAGGAGCGCACGCUCGCUGCCUUUGAGGGUGGGUUUUGAGAAAAAGGUAAGCUCAAAAUGUCCUUCUUGGAAAGGACAUAGGGUAUGGGAUCUUCUGAAAAGGCCCAGAAAAAAAAAAAAAAAAAAGCUCCAUUCAGACAAAAUGUUCUAGGACAAUUGGAAUAGAAAUAUUGUCCAAAAAAUAAUAGAUAAAAUGUUUAGCACUGUGUAAAAUAUGUGUUGACUGAAGAAGUUCCCCUGAAAAAGGUGCUGUCACUUUAAGUUGUGGACUUGGGGCUGUUUGUUAUUGUAAACAGCAAAGCAUUUGUGUUUGUCUGUCUGUCUGUAAAGCAACCACCUUCCUACUGGAAGGAGAAAAAAAAUCUGGGGGGUACAUAUGUGUAAAUAUUUGCUGCAGCAUUUAAUAUGUUUAAUUUUAUGUUAAGCUUUUUGUUGCAUUGUGAACACAUUUAUUGCUAUAAGUGGACAAUGAGUUCAUUAAGACUGUUCAACUAGGUCAGAUUUUUACAUCUCUUUCUAGAAAAAAGAGACAAGAUUUUGUGCAUUUGUACAAAUGUUAAUAUCACUGCAAUUCCAAUAUAAUAAAGCACUCAAAUGCAAA